GUUCCAUUGCAGCUUAUAGAAAGCGUCGAGUGCCGUGAUAUAUUUCAACUUCAUUUGACUUGCAAAGACUGCAAGGUUAUAAGGUGUCAGUUUUCUACCUUUGAGCAGUGUCAAGAUUGGCUUAAGCGACUGAACAAUGCCAUCCGCCCUCCUUCGAAGAUAGAAGACCUUUUCUCAUUUGCCUAUCACGCUUGGUGUAUGGAGGUAUAUGCUAGUGAAAAGGAACAGCACGGGGAUUUGUGUCGGCCAGGAGAACAUGUAACUUCAAGGUUUAAAAAUGAAGUAGAGCGGAUGGGUUUUGAUAUGAACAAUGCCUGGAGGAUUUCCAACAUCAAUGAGAAGUACAAGCUCUGUGGUAGUUACCCCCAGGAAAUCAUAGUGCCUGCCUGGAUCACGGAUAAAGAGCUAGAGAGUGUGGCAAGCUUUCGGUCCUGGAAACGUAUCCCUGCCGUUGUGUACAGGCACCAGAGCAACGGAGCAGUUAUUUCCCGCUGUGGACAGCCCGAGGUCAGUUGGUGGGGCUGGAGGAAUGCAGACGAUGAACACCUUGUCCAGUCUGUAGCCAAAGCCUGUGCCUCAGAUUCGAGGUCCAACAGUAACAAAUUAAUGAAUGGAAAUUGUUCCAGAGAUUUCUCCAAUGGAGGGGACCUCUCUGAUGUGGAAUUUGAUUCUUCAAUCUCUAAUGCUUCAGGAGCGGAGAGUUUGGCAAUACAGCCUCAGAAGCUUUUGAUCUUAGAUGCGCGAUCUUACGCAGCAGCUGUGGCAAACAGAGCCAAAGGUGGAGGCUGUGAGUGCCCAGAAAAAUUUCCNAACUGUGAAGUGGUGUUCAUGGGGAUGGCAAACAUUCAUUCUAUCCGGAAGAGCUUUCAGUCGCUGCGUUUGCUCUGCACACAAAUGCCAGAUCCAGGAAAUUGGUUAUCAGCUCUGGAAAGUACCAAAUGGCUGCAGCACUUAUCUGUGCUUCUGAAAUCUGCCCUACUUGUGGUUCAUGCCGUGGACCGAGACCAGCGACCAGUCUUGGUGCACUGCUCAGACGGCUGGGACCGAACCCCCCAGAUAGUGGCGCUGGCCAAACUGCUGCUAGAUCCGUAUUACAGGACCACAGAGGGUUUCCAGGUGCUAGUGGAGACGGAGUGGCUGGAUUUUGGCCACAAGUUUGCAGAUCGCUGUGGCCAUGGUGAGAAUUCGGAUGACCUAAAUGAGCGCUGCCCAGUGUUUUUACAGUGGCUGGACUGCGUCCAUCAGCUCCAGAGGCAGUUCCCUUGCUCUUUCGAGUUUAACGAAGCAUUCCUUGUGAAAUUGGUGCAGCACACCUACUCUUGCCUCUUUGGUACAUUCCUGUGCAACAAUGCGAAAGAGAGAGGAGAAAAACACACUCAGGAACGGACCUGUUCUGUCUGGUCUUUGCUGCGGGCAGCAAACAAAGCCUUCAAAAACCUGCUCUACUCCUCCCAGUCGGAAUCUGUGCUGUAUCCAGUGUGCCAUGUGCGUAAUCUAAUGCUCUGGAGUGCUGUUUACCUGCCGUGCUCUUCCCCCUCUACGCCCGCUGACGACACCUGUGCCCCAUACCCCGUUCCAGGCUCUAGCCCUGAAGAUCAGCCUCUGGGCAGGUUACCAAAGACAAGAUCAUUUGACAAUCUGACAACAGCCUGUGAUAGCAGCGUGCCUACAACCAAUCGCCGUAGCAGCGACCCCAGCCUCAAUGAGAAGUGGCAAGAGCACCGUCGAUCUCUGGAGCUGAGUAGCCUCAGUAACCCUGGGGAUGAUCCCUUUGAUGGAGACAGCCUGAGUAAACAAGGCAGGGCUCCAGUUGGAGCAGAACUCUCUGUUGCAGCUGGUGUGGCAGAGGGACAGAUGGAGAAUAUUUUGCAGGAGGCCACUAAAGAUGAUGUUGGUCUGGAGGAGCACUUAAGGGGUAGCCUAGAGACAGUAGGUAAAGGGGAUGAGAUUGCCCUGGACAAGAAGAGAACUGAAAAUCUACAUGGGUAUGUCAGUGACUUCUGUGAAAAGGCUGAGGCAGAUAAAGGCGUUGCAAUGAACAAUCCAGCAGCCAACCCGCAUCCGGUCUCACAGGGUGCUUCUGAGCUUGAAGGACAGCAGGAUGAGCAUUCUGAUCUCAGUAAUGCCAUCCAGAACUUAGCUUGGGUGAAAGGACUACAGACUGUUCCUCUGGAGGGCUUUGUAAAUAGAGAUGCUCAAAAGAACACGGAGGAGGAAGGCGUUAGCAAACCUGAAGGAGAAGCAGAGAGCCUGUACAAUACAGCGCAGGCCAACCUUCCGUUACCUCUGACAAUCCCGCACGAGGCAAGAGCAUCCAACAUUGAAAGUUCUACGGAAACCUUAACAGAGAAUGAAGCGAAGCAAGAGCUCGUUCCUAAGGGCCCUUGCCAUGGACCUCACCUGGUGGACAACAGCGCUGACGAGCUUUCUCGAACUAUUGAAAAUAGGCCGGAGGGGGAGAGCACGCCAGAACUUCAGAAACAGGGAGCAAAAGUGCAUAGGACUUCUGGUAGCAGCAACACACACAUCCCAAUGCCUUCCCCUUGUGCCUUGCCUUUAGCUGAAUGUAAAGAUGAGAUUGUGUGUAACGGAGAGCUGGAGCCCGAGAACAAGAUGACAGAGAAGCCUGCGGGGUUUAGUAUCGCCCAGAAAUACCACGUGACAAACGGACACUGUGUGAACGGAGAGGAUGGUAGGAUCAAAGCCUCUCUGAGUCGGCAGGUCUCCACAGCUAGCUGUAGUUCUGCACAGUUUCACGUGAGGAACUUGCACCAAAAAUGGAUGGUUAGUCAUCUUGGUAAGCAGCAGGCAGCCAGCAGCCCAGACCAACCUGCCAGAAGUCACCUGGAUGAUGACGGGAUGCCUGUCUACACUGAUGUCAUCCAGCAGCGUCUGCGCCAGAUAGAAACUGGGCAUCAGCAAGAAGUGGAGACCUUGAAGAAGCAAGUGCAAGAGUUGAAGAGCCGGUUGGAGAGCCAGUACCCGAACAGCUCCUUACGUCUCAACGGUGAUUAUGGAGACGAAGUGACUUCUAUACCCGACUCGGAAAGCAAUCUGGAUCAGAACUGCUUGUCUCGCUGCAGCACAGAGAUUUUCUCUGAAGCCAGCUGGGAACAGGUGGAUAAACAGGACACAGAGGUGACACGAUGGCUUCCAGACCACCUGGCUGCACACUGCUAUGGCUGUGACAGUACGUUCUGGCUUGCCAGCAGGAAGCACCACUGCAGGGACAUUGACCGUGUCGAUCAAAUCUGGAAUUGUGGCAACGUGUUCUGCUCCAGUUGCUGUAACCAGAAGGUGCCCGUUCCCAGUCAGCAGCUCUUUGAACCCAGCAGAGUCUGCAAAUCCUGCUACAGCAGCUUGCACCCCAGCAGUUCCAGCCUUGAUCUCGAACUGGAUAAACCCAUCACUGCCACGUCAAAUUAA